CGUGGCGUGGCAGGGAUGAGGAGCCGGCAGCGGAUGUUCGCAGCGGUGAUGCGCCUGCUUCUCAAGUGCCUGCGGCUGGGCCCGCGGGGGCGGGGUGGGGCGGGGCAGCUCUGGCACUACGGGCACCUCUGCCUCCGCUCCCUGCUCUACAAUUCCUUCACCAACGGCGAUGUGGUGCUCGAUUCCCUCUUUGAGCCUGUCUACUGGCUGGUGGACCACAUCACCCGGUGGUUCGGUGUGGUGUUUGUGGCACUGGUGAUUGGGCUGACAAGCUCUGUUGUGGCCAUCGUGUACAUCUGCCUGCUGCCCCUCAUCCUGCAGACCUACACGCCUGCCUGGAUCUGCUGGCACCUCGCCUACGGACACUGGAAUCUCAUCAUGAUUGUCUUCCACUACUACAUGGCCAUCACCACCUCACCUGGUCAUCCACCACAGGCCAAGAAUGAUCUCACCGGCGUCUCCAUCUGCAGGAAAUGCAUUGCCCCCAAGCCAGCUCGCACCCACCACUGCAGCAUCUGCAACAGGUGUGUGCUGAAAAUGGACCACCACUGCCCCUGGCUAAACAACUGUGUGGGACACUACAACCACCGCUACUUCUUCUCUUUCUGCCUGUUCAUGACCAUGGGCUGCAUCUACUGCAGCAUCAGCGGCUGGGAGAUGUUCCGGGACGCCUAUGCAGCCAUUGAGAGAAUGAAACUGCUUGAGAAGGAGAGACUGCAGGUGGCUGCCAACCAGACGUACUACCAGACACCACCUCCCACCUUCUCCUUCCGCCAGCGAGCGUUCCACAAGAGCGUGGUCUACCUCUGGGUCCUGUGCAGCUCAGUUGCUUUGGCCCUGGGUGCCCUCACGCUGUGGCAUGCUGCCCUCAUCACCCGUGGGGAAACCAGCAUCGAGCGGCACAUCAACAGGAAGGAGAGACAGAGACUGCAGAAGAAAGGCAAGGUCUUCAGGAAUCCCUACAGUUACAGCAGCUGGGAUAACUGGAAGGUGUUCCUGGGUGUAGACGUGCCAAGGCACUGGCUCACUCGCGUCCUGCUGCCCUCUCCUCACCUGCCCCAUGGGACAGGCCUGACCUGGGACCUCCCUCCCUGCGUGACAGAGCAGCACGCGCCGCUCCUGGCCAUCUGA